CUUCUACGUUUCUCCAAUCGCAGCAUGGACAUAACCAUUGCACAGCUAAGUGAGCAUUACGUCUUACUCGCUUUGCCCACUGAGCUAUGGCUCACCAUAUUCGAGCAUGUGGUUACUUACAACACGCACAUUUUCAACCAGUCUCUCAAGUACAGAAGAGAACGAAUGCGUGAUUUACAGAGACUGCAAUAUGUAUGCAGGUCAUGGAAGGACUUGGUAGAGCCACUUGUCUACCGCAAUGUAUCGAUCGACGGCAACAACGAUCUAGCAUCCAAUCGCGUCACAGCUUUGGCCCAUCUUCUUGACCAUCCUACUGAUUCCGAUGCGCCGAAAGCUUCUUGGGUGCGCUCAUUCUGGAUCCGAAGAGAUGAGGGCGAAAGCCCUACUGAACCAACCCUGAUGGCGUUGCAAGCUGCACUGCCCACUCUGCUCUCCCGCAUGACGAACUUGAGCGAACUGUUUUGUCGUACUGAACUCCAGUGUCCGCAAAUCGCAGCUAUUUUACGCUCCCACGGCUCACAACUUACAAAGCUGUCUAUAAACAUUGGAGGUCGCCCCGUCCGUAUUCAGGAAGCGCUCCCCCUCCUAAAACACUUCACGGCCCUCAGAGACCUCCACCUCGGGGUUAGUGGCCGAACGCGCAACUUGGACGAUGUUGAACCAUCUGACUUUCCACAUCUACGCUUGAUUGAGCUGGCUGCAGAGUACGCCACUAACGAGCUACUAGGCUGGCUCACACACUCGGCUAUGCCCAAGCUUUCGGCUCUUGCAAUCUGGAAGCCGCACGAUAUCUGGAGGGAACUGAGGAAUUUGCCUGCUUUCAUGGCAAAGCACGGUGCCGGCUUGAGGACGCUGCAAUUUGAUGAUAGCCAACUGGCCAACAUGUCCGAGAUCUUUGAUCAUACAUCCUCUCUGGAGGUGUUUGAUACUUUUGAUACCAGAGGGCCUCUCGGAAAUCUCCCUGUAUCAGUCACUCAGAUUGUGCUUCGUCAAUUCCCUGAGAAUAUUGGUCGUGGAGUUCAAACUCUAGAGUCGUUGCUUCAGAUCGUCGGAUCAUUGCCGCCGGACAGGAAGUUACAUACCAUUUGCAUGCGUUCAAUCAACGACUAUCUCGGAGCAAAGCCAUUUCUCUGGCGAGAGAAGAUGAAAGUGGCAGACACGAGAAGGAUAGAAACUUGGAAGAGGUUUAGGUAUAGUGUGAAGAAAAUGGUAGACUUGGGCGUUUCACUUUUAGAUCAACAGGGUGUCACUCUUGCAGACGUCCUCGGAGAGAUGGGCGCUUUUCCAGACGUGGAUAUUGAAGAGGAAAGGGAUGAUGAGAACGAUGUCUAGGA